UCCAUCAAUUAAACAAAUUGCAUCACAUUGCUUUCCUGCGGUCUCUUAUCUCUUGCUUACCAUUCUCCUGCCUUUUCAAACAAAGGCAGAAGUUAUUGUCGUGAUUAUGUCGCUUGACGAAGAGAGCCUCGAGACCGCUGCCAAUGGCGGUACCAUAGACCCCUCGAAAUGGCCCAACAUUGUUGAACCGCUCCUUGAGCGACUCCAACAUAACGUCUACAAUGCGUUCCCCAUGCCCCGCGUGCCCGCAGCACCAGCGCAACCACCCACUCUCCCCUCCGCCUCCACCAUCCUAGCACAAGAUCCCACCCCUACAACAAACAACAGCACCGACAGCACCAGCGCCGACACGAGCAAACCCCCCAACCUUCAAACCCCACCGCGACCAACAGCCACCUCCCCAACCACGACGCCUCUAUCCAGUAGCGAACGCAUCCCGGACUCCCAGCCAGGCCCAUCAUCAUCAUCAAUCUCCACCAACGCACCCACCCUCCCGGCGCCCCUCGACCAUCUCCUGACAGCCAUCGCCACCAACAUCCGCACACUCUUCCCCUCCAAACCGCCCCACACCAUCCAGCGCCUCGCGGAGCUCAUCCUCCGUCCUACGGCGCACUACCGCACCCUCCCGGCGUACCUCCGCGCCGUCGACCGCGUCGUCUCCGUCACCAGUCCCGCGGAUAUCUUCCCCUUCCAGACCACCACCGGCACCCAACAACCAGUGCUGUCUCACCACCAACAGCCCAACGGCACCCUUAACGGCAGCGCGACGGCGGCGGCGGCGGCGGUCGAACCGAGCUUCAUGUUCUCCGUCGACAACGCCCUGGGCAGCGACGAGUCGCUUGGCGGGGCGCUACUCACCCCGAUCCCGUGGUUGCACAACGCUGCGUCGUCUCCCGACGGGGAAGGCGACCAAGAAGCCGCGGGUGGUGGCGUUGUAGGCGUGAUCGGGCAGAGUGAGACUGGGUUUGCGGCGGCGGCGGAGACCACUACAAUCGGCUCAGGGGGUAGUCUUGGUGGUGGUGGAGGAGAGUCUACGACCGCCACGACGACGGGAGAGAUCGAUCCUGAGAACGAGGUGAUGGGCGGCAUGGAGUCGGUGCCCACCGAGCCGGUCGUGGAGGACGUUCCGCAUGCGCGGGGUCCGCCUGUCGUUGGGGUCGAGGAUCUGGGAUUACAGGAUGGGAAGGGAGUGGAGAUGAAUCUCGAUGGCGCGGCGGAGAGUGGCCAGCAGCAACAGCAGCAGCAGGACCAAACUCAGAAGGAGAGCCAGGAGUCGGCUGCGGGACUGCAGGGUGGCCCGCAGCAGCAGGAACAACAGUCGAGUCAGGGAGAGGGCCAGGCUCAGGAAGGUAAUGCUAAGCCUGGUACAGAUGGCGAUGGAGACAUUGCGCUGGAGGAUGCCAAGGCGGAAGAAGUGUCUGCGACAAGCGACAAGGACCAGCAGCAGCAGUAGAAGCAAGGUUGAGGGGGGCUAUGGAUUGGCG